AUGGAAACCAUCGACCCAGCUCUUCUUGAUUGCCCAGGUGACACACCUCUAUCAACUCAUUCUGACACGUCAACUGUAGGCUCUCUCAGAGCCUUGGUUAGCAGAAGACGAUAUCGACGCGUCAAGUCGCGCUCCAAAGUGCACAGUACGACUGACAAGAACUGUGUUGGACAAAAGCCUAUGGUGCCGAGACACGUGACAACGGAAUUGGAGGACCAGGGAAGCACGCGGCUUGCCGUCAUUGUCACACCUGCGCUCUCUCUCUCUUUCUUCCUACAGCGCGCCGAGCCUGAUUCCACGAGGCACACUGCGAAGAUGGUGCUUUCGUUUAUUCUGAUUCAGAACAGGCAAGGGAAGACGCGGCUGGCGAAGUGGUAUGCGCCGUACAGUGAUGAGGAGAAGAUCAAGCUAAAGGGCGAGGUACACCGCCUUAUCGCACCCCGCGACCAGAAACAUCAAUCCAACUUCGUCGAGUUCCGCAACAUGUCCAAGAUCAUAUACCGCCGAUACGCUGGCCUCUUCUUCUGCGCAUGCGUCGACACAAAUGAUAACGAACUGGCAUAUCUAGAAGCUAUCCACUUCUUUGUGGAGGUGUUAGAUGCAUUCUUUGGCAAUGUGUGUGAGCUGGAUCUGGUGUUCAACUUCUACAAGGUGUAUGCGAUCCUCGACGAAGUGUUCCUGGCAGGCGAGAUCGAAGAGACGAGCAAACAGGUUGUGUUGACGCGGUUGGCACACCUGGAUAAGCUGGAAUAA